AUGUCAAAAUACAUUGUUGAGAAUAACAUUCGAAAAGUAAUACCAUAUUAUACAGACUUUCAAACAUUUGUUAAAAAAAGAUGGGAAGCAAGAACAAUAAUCGAUGUUUAUGAAUCAGAUUUUGGAGAAUGUCAACAAAAUAUUCUUGAUGAUAUUGAAUCGGAGAAACUAUACAUUGUGACCAACAGCAAUAAACCUACUGAACAAUCAAUUCUAACUGGAGUCGAAACACUAAUUAAAAGAAAGCUCGAUGAGAAAGAUAUAAUAUGUCAUACUAAACAUCGACACGAACCACCUAUACCGUGGCAUAAUGACAUUAUCAAACUGGUUUAUGAAGAUGACGAGAUAUUAGUAGUUGACAAACCAUCUGGUAUACCAACACAUCCAACAGGCAAUUAUUAUUUUAAUUCAUUAUCUGAAAUAAUUAAGCAGCAAUUGAAUAUGGAUUCUAUUUGGACUUGUCAUAGACUAGAUAAAGUGACAUCGGGAGUUCUUGUACUUGCGAAAACCAAGAAUGGUGGAGUGAGAUUCCUGAAAUUAAUGAGAGAUUCUAAACAGUAUACAGAGAAAACAUAUUUGGCUCGAGUUUCGGGUAAAUUUCCUGAAGGCAUACAUCGAUAUCGAUGUCCUAUAUUUGCAGUCAAUAUGAAUGGAUAUUUAAUGUCAGGAAAUAUGGAGGAGUUACCAACUGAUUCAACGACAAUAUUUGAACGAAUCAAAUAUAAUGCAAGUCUAGAUCAGAGUUUGGUUAAAUGUGUUCCUAUAACGGGGAAAUUUCAUCAAAUAAGAGUUCAUUUACGUAAUUUGGGGUUCCCAAUUGUUAAUGAUUCAUUUUAUCAACCAGAACAAGAUCAACUCACAAUACAGAAAUGCAAUAUUGAAAAGCAAUUGUAUAACAAAUUAUUUGCCAAAUAUCCUCAGUUUGAGAAUUUUGAAGCCACUGACGGAGAUGUUGUCGAUUCUCAUAUAAAUUUAUUAGACAUCAUUGAUUGGCAUAAUGAUAAAGAGUUAAAAGAUAUGCUCUUGGAUUUAAAGGCAGGUCAAGUUGAAAAGUUGAUGUUACAGAAACUGACAAUUUGCAGUGAAUGCAAGAGAUCAUUGAUCGAUACAGAAUAUAAGCUGAAUUCAAUGGUAUGGUUACAUGCAUUAAGCUUCAAAUAUGAAAAUUAUCAUUUUGAAACUGAUUACCCAGAUUGGGCUGAUAUAUAG